AUGGCUGCAGUGGAAUUAGGAAGAAACAUUCAGCAUGUGCCGAAUAAAAAGCAAGACACAACCGGUAACAAUAGUGACAUUGCUUUAUCUGUGGAUGAAAAUCAGGAAAGGGAUCAGGAAAGACAGAAGAAAAAGGACUUUUCGGAACGAGACGCAUGGUGGCUAUACUCACUUAAGGAAACCCCCCAUCCCGGCGCUUAUGACCUUCGCGACUUCCUACAAGACGCAAAGCUUAACCCUGUGCAGCAAUCUUACAGCUUUAAAGGGGCAGGACGUACAAAGCCCCUGAACCUGCCCGGGUCUGGAGAUCUUCUAUUGCCAGGCUGCUACAAGAUUGCUGAAUUCGGAGAUCUGGUGGAGAAGAUCCCACUUACAUAUUCUUUCCGGAACACCCCACGAAGUACUGUACAACUAGGUGUUAAAGAUAAGGACCUAAACACAGAUCCCUGUCAGUAUAAUCUCAGCCCACACCCUGUGGAUAUUCACCCUUGCAAGCACUUCAUGUUUCGUUCUGCGGUGCAGAGGUUCCCGACCAUCCACUUUAUUCCAAAAAAAGGACCUGGACCAGGAGAGUAUAAUCUGAAAAGUGUCCCUUCUCGGAGUAUUUCAUCAAGUUUCAAAUCAAGUGUGCCCAGGUUCCGUUCAUCUUCUAAUAAAAAUCCUGGACCCGGAACAUAUGAUCCAACUAGACAGCUACCGAAACAACCACCUACACUUGCCAAAAUGGGUCGCUUGCAUGGCCUCUUCUUUCGUAAUUCAUUUGACUUUUGAAUUGUGAAUCACAGAAGAUAAUUAGGGUUCUGCUUCUGUCUGUAAAAUGGAUUCCCUUUCUGAAAGACGAUGGUACUAUGAAUACACCAGUCAUCAGUGUGAGUGCAGCUAUUAUGUAAAGCCUAAUGCAUGCUUAUUCAGUAAGUCAAAGAACAAUAGCAGUAACCCAGAAAUA